AUGGUCUUCCCUUUAUUCACUAUGCCUUGCCUCCACAACCACCACCACCAUCCACCCCCUAUUCUUCACUCUCGAGACUCCUAUGACGCACAAAUAUCCUCCUCAGCAGCAGUUGGCCUCACCGUUGGAAUUACCCUUAUUGUGGUCAUCAUCGCAGCCAUCACUUACCUUUGGUGCUGGCGCCAAAGUCAUCGCCACCGGCGGUCUCGACGACGACGCUCUGAAUCGCGCCAUCGCCGGGAGAAUCAACAAGAGCAAGCGAAUGCCGCUGCACGUGGCAACGACGAGAGGGUAGCUGAAGUAGAGCAAGUGCCUCAAGGACAGGAUGCUGAUGCCCAGAAUGAAGAGGGACCUCCACCACCUACUAUACCCCUGACGGUUCAUCACCACCAGCAUGAGGAUAAGCAUUUCCACGGCGACCACUACCAUGGUCAUGACGAUGGCAGAAAUUUUCCUGGUAAUACUGAUUCUGAUCAUCACCACUCUCGUUACCUUCAUCGCCAUCGCCGUUUCAACCGCGCCCAGCGUGUCUUUCGCCCGCAAGAUCCCAUUGCUGAGGUUGAGGAGCCAAUCCAGCCGCAGAUUCGAAUAGCCACACGGGCAGACUUGGAGGCUAUUCUCAAUGGACUAGAUAUACAUCAGGCAAAUGGUCGGGCUAAUGUGGCAGCGACUGUACAGAAAAAUGGUCGGCGUGAGGAAGACCAGAGAGAGAAGCGGCGGAAACGACACCAUCGCCACCACCAUCACUGCCAUCAUCGGCAUAGGCGAGUGGUACUUCACUGA